UGACAUACUAAUUACUCUGGACUCUGGAGUCUCUGUGAACAGUGUGAAGUCCCCUUGCGAACACGUUUCCUCUCGAAGUUCUCACACGGACGGCUUUUGUCUUGCAGCGGUGGCAAUCGACAGCCAUGGCUGACAAGCUCCACUCAUGAGCCAUACAACCAUUGGGUAGUCCCGAUCACCUUCAAUCUUGUUCUGUUUCCCAAUCCCUUCCGAUUUUGCUCUACUUUACUCGUCCUGUUUUCUGUUUCUUCAUCUGUCCUCCACCACUGGGCCCUUUCUUCGAGUUAUUUUUCUGUGUCGAGCGGAGACCUAACUGCUCUGUUUUGCUGCAGAGAAAAUAGCUAAAAACACAACGUUUUGACUUCGAUUGAUCUGAGCUUUACCAUUUUGAUUUUCACUCUUUUCCUUCGAAACGUUGGCGGCAACCAAACACGGCGUAACUACUUUGAUUCUCUCGAAAUUUGAGCGAAAAGAAAUGGCCUCUGCGUUCACUUUCGCUCCGUCGACCGAACCCAAUUUUUCAUUUUGUUCGUCAUUUUCGCUUCGGCGCUGCCGGCUCUUCGUUCCUCGGGUUUGUCGGAGUUCAAGAAUUUCCACUAGAAUCGGCAAUUACCACCGAAACCCUAGCUUCGUGGUCGCGAAACCGAGCGGAAUCCGAAAACUCGGGUCGUUCAGGUCAGUUGAGCUGGACCGGUUCAUGACUAGCGACGACGAGGACGAAAUGGGAGAAGGGUUUUUCGAGGCAAUUGAGGAGCUGGAAAGGAUGGCGAGGGAGCCGUCAGAUGUGCUGGAGGAGAUGAACGAGCGGCUCUCGGCGAGGGAGUUACAGCUGGUGCUGGUGUACUUCUCGCAGGAGGGGAGGGACUCGUGGUGCGCGCUCGAGGUGUUUGAGUGGCUGAAGAAGGAGAAUAGGGUGGACAAGGAGACCAUGGAACUCAUGGUUGGCUUAAUGUGCGGUUGGGUGAAGAAGUUGAUCGAGGAGGAACAUGAUGUUGGGGACGUGGUGGAUUUGCUCGUGGACAUGGACUGUGUUGGGUUGAAGCCCGAGUUUAGCAUGGUGGAGAAGGUGAUAUCUUUGUAUUGGGAGAUGGGUGAGAAGGAGAGGGAGAAGGUGGUUUUGUUUGUGAAGGAGGUGUUGAGGCGUGGGAUUGGUCGUGCUGCGGAGGAGGAUGGUGGGGAGGGGCAUAAAGGAGGCCCAACUGGGUACCUUGCUUGGAAGAUGAUGGUUGAGGGUAACUAUAGGGAUGCAGUCAAGUUGGUUAUUCAUAUUAGAGAAUCUGGGUUGAAGCCAGAGGUCUACAGCUACCUCAUUGCAAUGACAGCUGUGGUUAAAGAGCUGAAUGAACUUGGGAAAGCUUUACGUAGGUUGAAAGGUUUUGCUAGGGAUGGGUUGAUCGCAGAGCUUGAUGUAGAAAAUGUUGGGCUUGUUGAAAAGUAUAAGUCUGAUCUUUUAGCUGAUGGAGUACAACUGUCUAGUUGGGUGAUUGAAGAGGCAAGCUCUUCACUUUCUGGGGCGGUACAUGAGAGGCUCCUUGCUAUGUAUAUUUGUGCUGGUCGGGGACUGGAGGCCGAAAGGCAGUUGUGGCAAAUGAAGCUUGUGGGUAAAGAGGCUGACGGAGACCUUUAUGAUAUUGUUCUAGCCAUCUGUGCUUCCAAGAAGGAGGCCAAUGCUAUUUCACGGUUGCUUACUAGAAUUGAGGUUAAAAGUUCUUUGCGCAAGAAGAAAAGCCUAUCAUGGUUAUUGAGAGGUUACAUUAAAGGAGGGCAUUUCAAUGAUGCUGCAGAAACACUGAUGAAAAUGCUUGAUCUGGGCUUUCAUCCAGAGUAUUUGGACAGGGCAGCUGUACUGCAGGGAGUAAGAAAAGGAAUCCACCGUUCUGGAAAUGUAGACACUUACCUCAAGCUUUGCAAGCGCCUCUCUGAUGCAAGUUUGAUCGGACCUUCUAUUGUUUAUCUGUAUAUGAAGAAACACAGGCUCUGGGUCAUGAAAAUGCUUUGAAAACUUCUAUUCAAACAAGUGAGAUUCGUUAAUGCCGAUCUGUUCCAAAAUAUAGUUUUCUAGUCUAGAUUUUUAUAGCACAAGCACUUCUCGCUGGGAUUUUACAUGUUAAUACAAGCACCAAUUUCUAGGUGCUUUUCACAUGUUGAUUUUGUAUAGUUUGGAUUGCUUUGAGCUGCACAAAAGUGUUGGAAGGGCCGGUUGAUGGAGGCUAUUAGGAAUAAAGUUGUCUUGUUCUUGGGAACAAAUACUGGAUAGGUGGUGGCUCUUGUAAGCAUAAUGAUAGAGUUUUAGCACAAUGUAAUUAAAUAGAGUUCAAUUAAAACUACAGCAUUACAAUAACAUUGUGUAAAUUUUGGACAUCUUUCAUGUAUUUAUCUGCACUGUAGAGCUGUACACAGUAAAGGAGGAAGCUGUUGUAAGCCGUUAUUAUUGUA